AUGGCGGUUUUCAUGGUGGCAGAUAUUGAGACUUUUUUGGAGGGCAAGUAUCACGUAGCCAGGGAUAAGCAUCGUGAGGGUAUAGAACUCCUGAAGCGAGAAUUCGGCUACCAUCCAGCUUACCGUAAAGGCUUGAAACCGUCUGGUGUCGCCUCUAUCGAUUGUCCCCUCUACGCUCAGGUUGAUGACUAA